UGAUAAAACAUGGCCGCCUAAGCAACGAUGUCAUGGCGUCUACAGCAACGGAUGUUGUGGUGAAAGCAGUCGAAGGUAUCAAACAGGAUGCCGGAAGUAAUGUUUCCUUGCUACAAAGACCUCCAUUGGGUAAGCAAGUAGGUCAACAAGAGAAAUGCCCUUGCAAACACCAGGCAUCAUCAGCACCGUUAACACAUGCAGCUGGCCUGGGUACAGCACAGCUACUCUUUGAACCUACCCCACCUAGCCACAAGAAACCCCCUCGAGCUGUAAGUCCUCAUGUCCGGAAGAUUCAAAGUGCCAAGGCUCGUCUUGUUCCGUCCUCUUCCUCCAGCAAUGUGAAAGAUGACGCCAUUCUCCCUAAAGGCGGAGUCCUGGAUCGUCAGAGGCCAAAUUCUGCCCAUGUACCCCAGCGGGAGAGGGGUAACCGGCACAGGCCAGGUUCUGCCAUCGGUAACAGACCUGUCCCAAAACAGUUUCUCACAUUGGAAACUAAUCAGCAGAGAUCUAUACCAGACUCAAGUGGAAAACAAGGUGCUGAAAAUACCAAAAAAGCUGUGUGUGAAUCUGAAGAUGUAGAAAUCAAACGAUGGAAAGAAAGAAGGAAAGACAAACCCGAAAAGACUGAACGAACAAUUCCUGAAGGCAUUGCCCAACUCAGGCCUUGGCUUACAGAAGAUGUUCCUGUGGACUGGUGUGGUGUAGACGCAUCUUCUUGUCUCAUCUUUCUUCCAUCCCUCUGCCAACAACUUGAUGAUUUACCUAUUGUGCCUCCCAUCCAGCAUUCAGAGGAUGUCUUGCCCCAUACAGUCAUCCCACCUCCUCCAAAACCCUUUGAUCCAAAGAAAUUGUUCCAUUAUAACGUGGAGAAGCACAUUCCACCAGAACCAACAUAUGAGUCAAGGAGCCAGACACGAACAAGGCGGGGUAUCUAUGCUGCUGAUGGUAGCUUGUUAUAUGAUGAAGAGAAGUACUCAGUAAAUAGAACAGAAGAAAUUAUCAGGAAAGAAAUUGAAGAUUUGGAGAAUCUACUACAUGGAAUCGGCAAUGCAGACAGCAGUAACGUCAUGGUGCAAUAUCAAGCUGAUAUCAGCAAGCUUCAGUGGACAGUCAAAGACACCCUUGUCAAGUGUUACCAAAUUGAGAGCCAUUUUCAAAAGGACAAACCAGAAGAACAGCCAGAUUUGUUUGGCCUUCGUGCCUACAUCAAGGAGAAGGAGGCAAUACUUAAUCAGAUCAGAGCAAGGAGAGAAGCUUGCAUGAUGGAGCUAGAACGGCUGGAAUCGGAGGUUGGUAUGACAAUGCAGAGCCAGGUACUCCAAGCCUUCAGGAGAUUAUAGAGGUUGUCUGCAAGUGGCUAUGUGGCAAAACCUUGAAAUAUCCCCACCAGUGAAUUCCAUUAAAAGGAUGUACUUCUCUAAUUUGUGUUCAGCCAUCCAUGUUAACACACCCACUUAAUGCUGAAGAAUCAACUGGCUACAAUUAUCAGUGAGUUUCAGAGACCUGUGUACACGAUCUGGCAAUGUAGAGUAAUAGCACUGGGAUCAGUGAUCAAAUUGCCAUGUUCAUCAUUUUGCUUUAUACACACACACAAGGUGGAGUAUGAGAUGAACAUAGCCAUUGUAGACCAGUUAUUGUAGAUUUCUCUUCAUUGCUGCACCUCGGAGUAUUUUAAAUGAUGAUGUGUUACAGUGACAAGUAUCAUACAGUUAUGUACAGUAAAUCUUGUCUUAAAUGUCCUGCACCUGGGGCUGGUUAUUGUGAAAUUAUCUCAGCACGGAGUGGCAGAGAAAUAUUUUACAUAUGGGGCAGUUCAAUUGGUUCCCUGGACAGGCGUAAGUGUCCCAGAACUUUUUUGAUUUGGGUGAAACUUGGUUCAUGGUUGGAUUCUAGAGUCCCCCUGGACAUGCAAAAGGCUGUUGAUUUCUGGCGGUAAGGUCAUGGUCACAAAACCUAUACAAAUAGAAGAAAAUGUCAUUGCAAUAACCUGAUCAAUGCCAGAACGUAAUCAUUUCAAAAGGGUCUCUUUGGAUCAGUCUUGGUUUUGCUUCUCACAGAGAUACAAUAUCAGCAUUAGAAGGAAAACAUGUCUGCCGUGUUUCAGUUGUGUCAGUAUUGCUCAUGUUGGCACAGAAACAAAUGUGAUUUUCUUACACCCCCAACUGCCUUCCUUGAUGGAUAAUUAAAGUUAGUGUACAUAUCAAACAGUUCCAUGAUGUAAUGUGCAAGUAGUAGCCUAUCAGGAGAGCUGACACUGGUUUAAAGGGGCAUUCUUGUGGUCAGCACAACUCCUCCACCCACAGGUAAUUCGAAUGGUAUUGGGAAGAUAAGAGAAAAGAGAGAGGAAUGAAUGACAGCUUGAAUGUCUUUCUUUGAGAUGCUUCCUUUUUUUAAAGUGACAAAUUCAAUUGUCAUCAAUUGAAAGAAUUAACUGAAAAGAUUUAUUUAUUUUAAAGGAAACUUGUUUUAAUACAAUGUGUAAAAAUCAUUUCUAAUGAAAGUUAUCUGUGCUGUAACUAUGUUUGUGGACAGACAACUCAGUCUUGUUUGUAAUAAUUUCAAAUCAAUGACAAUUCUCGUCACAUAGAUAUAAAAAUGGUUGUUUUUAUUCUGUGUAUGCUUGUGUUAACAUAUAAAUACUGGAGUUGCUAUUUACAGACAAAAUAAAUGUUUGACCCAAGAAAUUAAUAACGAUAACAAAACCCUGCAGAAAGCUUCUGCUAGCAUUACAUUUUUUUAUAAUUAGAUACAGCAUGUUGAUUUGAAAUAAUCUCACUGUCUAGUCAAUAGAAGAGUUUAUUUCUAACAGCAUUGAUCUAAACAGCAGUAGAUAUGUAUUAAUAUGCAGGGUCAAAUUUCUAGACAAAAAAUACAGUGUGUACAACAUGUAAAUAUAUUUGACAAAGUUUCAACCAACUGAAAGCAUGAAAAUUAAUACUUUGAGAUGAUAUGCGAAA